CCUUUUUCUCACUCACCGUCUGUUGUGUGUCUUCCGUACUCUUCGUCUGAGUGUUGUCCCAGCCCUUCAAACCUUCAUUAUUUUCUCACACUUUACCCAUCGAUCUACCUGCAACCUGCGACUACCUGACCGAGCUGCAGCGCAUUCUCCUUGUGCGCUUCUGACAACCCAGUGUCAAAACUACACCCACGAUGAAGACAUCCAACACUAUGGUACCGCGCGACAUGGUUACAUUCGACGACGACCUGAUGGAAUUUCGGGAUCUGAACGGACAGAUCGUCAACGACGGGCACGACCACCAACUGGCACUGUCGCCACCAGCUGAAUGUGCACAGACAAGUGGCAGUGCAGCAAAUCACAGGUAAUUUUUUUUUUCUAAUGAAGUAGUUAUGCCUUUUCCCAGCAUACUGUCGGUAUCCGCACGGACUAUGCAUACCCGCAGGAUCUUGGCAACCCUAUCAUCGAUGAGGCUACCGCAGGCAUGCAGGGGUACUUCCUUGCUGCACCCGCUGAAGGACCCCGCGGCCUUUCCGGUCUAUAUGACUCUGUCACCGACGGUACUCCUACCCAGGGUCGUCUUCUUGGAGAAGCCAGCACGUUCGGAGACUGGCAUGUGUUCGAAGAUCCUGUCAUCGACCCUCCGUUUGGUGAUGGCUUCUUUCCGCAGAUGCUUCCGCAGCUCGACCCCUUCGAAUUCCUGACCCAACCCUCCUACCCUACGGCAGGACUUGGUCAGGCCUUCCAGCCCAUCGCUCCCGCACUCGCUCCAGAUGUUGUCCAGCCAAACAUUAUCGCCCCACCGUUUCGUGCGCCUACCGUUGCUCGUCGCCGCACGGUCGAACCGCGCUUCCAAUGCAACAUUGAUGGUUGCACCAAGGCAUACCGUCGUGUUGGCGAUUGCCGCCGCCACAUGCGGAAGCACCAAGAUCCCACUCUCAGAUGCGUUGUCGAAGGUUGCAACAAGAAGUUUGACCGCAUGGACAAACUUCGCGAUCACGUCCGCCAAGGCCACAAGAUGAACUUGUAAGGGUUGAGCUUUUGGCGUUGCCCCGAUGCGGCAUGCAUGUGCGAUGGAAUAUGGUAUUGGGAAGUCUGUUGAAAUUUGGCGUGCUGGGUGAAGUGUUGGAUCUCUUUGUGCCUCACCAAAUUGUAACCUUUCCUUCAGCCACUCAUUACGCAGGGACCAAUAUGAUUGGAGUUAGUUUUAUCGAUCAAAAUACAACAGUCGUUACCGAAAAGCUUGAUCACCAAGAUGCUGUUACUGUUGCUAUGUUCGUGGGAAAACUGAUGGCAAGGACACGUGCCAGGAUCGGG